AAAAUGGAAAGCGAAGGGAAGCCUGAAUUUGGGCCGCACUACUUUGAGCUCAACACGGGUGCCAAAAUACCGUCCGUUGGGCUUGGGACCUGGAAAGCUCCAGCUGGGUUGGUGGGCGAUGCUGUUAUUACAGCCGUAAAGGCGGGCUACAGGCAUAUUGACUGUUCCAGAGUGUAUGAAAAUGAAAAGGAGGUUGGAGCUGCCUUAAAGCAGCUAUUCUCCACUGGAGUGGUCAAGCGCGGCGACCUCUGGAUCACUUCCAAACUAUGGUGCAGUGACCAUUCACCUGAGGAUGUCUCCAAGGCGCUAAGUAAAACACUAGCUGAUUUGCAGCUUAAAUUUCUGAUUCUUUUGAGCAGGUGCAGUGACCAUUCACCUGAGGAUGUCUCCAAGGCGCUAAGUAAAACACUAGCUGAUUUGCAGCUGGACUACAUUGACCUCUACCUGAUCCACUGGCCAAUCCGGACAAAGCCCGGAUCACGCGGGCUCGAAGCAGAGGUUAUGCUCCCUCUAUCCCUGUGGGAGACAUGGAGUGCGAUGGAGGGGCUGUACGCGUCCGGGCAGGCGCGUGCAAUCGGCGUGAGCAACUUCUCCACCAAAAAACUGCAGGACCUCGUGACGCAUGCCAAGGUGCCACCGGCCGUCAACCAAGUCGAGUGCCAUCCUGUGUGGCAGCAGCCCAGCCUCCAUAACCUCUGCCAGUCCACAGGCGUCCAUCUCUCAGCCUACUCUCCUCUGGGAUCUCCAGGGUCAUGGAUCAAAGGAGAGGUCCUAAAGGAUCCUACGCUGAUCGAGAUUGCUGAGAAACUUGACAGGUCACCCGCUCAAGUUGCUCUCCGCUGGGGUAUUCAGAGCGGUCAUAGCGUUCUACCAAAGAGCACGACCGAGUCCCGAAUCAAGGAGAACCUUGAUCUUUUCAGCUGGAGCAUUCCUCCACAUCUCUUCUCCCAGUUUUCCAAAAUCCAACAGGCAAGGCUACUCCGGGGUGACUUCGCCGUUCAUGAAACUGGUCCGUACAAAAGCCUCGAAGAGCUGUGGGAUGGUGAAAUAUGACCUUCAGC